UGCUGAAAAUUCCAGAGGAAUUGAACUUUCAGAACUUGGCACUGAUAAUGGACUUCGUAAUGAUGGUCAACAAAGUCCACAUUAUGAUAUGGCUACUAACCUGCUUCCUAUUUCUUUUUGUUUAUGGACAAACCACAGGACCUUAACGCCAUCAUUCCCGACCUGUUUUGUAUCUGUAUGGGAAUGAUAUGAUAAGUGCCAACUCACAACAACUGUUUUUAUUGUUUUCAUUGCAUGAGAAUAAACUGACAAGUUGAGAGUCAAGUAUUGGAAGUGCUCCCAUAAUCUCCAGAAUACCCCAAAAUCUGUGUGUGUGUGUGUGUGUGUGUGUGUGAGAAAUGAAGUGUUGAAACUGACCUUCAAUUCUUUUUAUAUAAUUUGAAAUAUCACUAUAACCUGAAGCCUAAAUUCUGUUAAUUAAACUAUUAUUAUGUAUAACUGUAUACUGUAUUAUGUGGACACAUGACCAUAACUCCCAUACAUUCUUGUUGAAAAUCCAAUUCUAGACAUGGGGAGUACGUCUGCAUUCCAGUUCAGUCAAAAGGUGUUCACUGGGGUUGAGGUUAAAGCUCUGUGCAGGACACUGGUGUUGGAAAGCCAUCUUUAAUGGGCAGUGUUUGUGUACAGGACCAUUGCCGAUGCUGGAACAGAUUUGGGUCUGUUAGUUCGAGUGAAGGCAAAUUGUAGUGCUACAACAUACAAAGACAUUUUAUACAACUGUGUGCAUCCAAAUUUCUGGCAGCAAUUUGAGGAAGAAUGAAAGUUUGUGAUGGUAAGGAGUCCACAUAUAUUUGACCUUAUAGUGUAUGCAUGUAGUUGCAGAGUCACGAUAAAUCAUCAGCAGGAAAGAAGAAAAUGCCUCCCUAUGCGGUGCAAACAGAGAUUAACGUGCCAAGUCAGGAAAUAUACAGGAAGAGUAUUGCAAUGACUGGUCAUAGGAGUGAAAUAGGAAUGUAAGGUCAAUAUACUCCUGGUCAUAGGAGUAUAGGAAUGACUGGUCAUGAAAUGUGACUGAGAGGAUAUAAAGAUUUCUGAGCUAAUCUUGUGGUUAAUCUGACUCAUAUGGAGGUCACAAUUUCUACACAACAAACAUGAUUACAGAAACUUAUUCUACAGACCAAAAGGUCAGUCUAGACUUGUACAAAGGUAGAACAUGCACAUCUCUGCACAGACUCUAACCCAAGCUUCAGGAUCAAUCCAGGGAUUUCCAUUAAAUGUAUAACCAUUGUAUGUGGUUUUGAAAGAGAAAGCUUUAUGUAGGUGAUGCUAGAUGUAUGUCUAAUUUUACAUAUGUUUUCAAGGCAUUAAAUGACAGGGUAGAUACUCUUUGACUUUAUAUACAAUAGGUUUACCACAAAAGGUUUUACCACAAAAAGUCAAACACAUAACAGUUUCUAUUUUUGUGCAGCCAUAAGGGUGAUGUAACAGAAAACUCUGGGACAGAUUUUGAGGAUCCAUGUAAACAAGUUUUAUUAAACAGUAUGUCAUAAUAAGAACAGGGAGAGUAAAUAGCAAAAUUAUUUUUAUUCAUAUAAUUAUUCAUACUGAAAUAUACAAAAAUCACCAACAAAUGAACAGGCCAAAGUCAAAAGAAAGGGGUAGGGCAAAACAAGGUUUAGAACUAGUGGUGGGACAGGAAAUGACAAUAAAGAGGUUCAAAAUAAGGGUAAGGGUGCCCUCUGUCAGUGUAGCAGGGCAUAAUUUGGGAUUAUCCUCUGUUAACCCUGCUGUCCUGUGCUUUGAGUUUUGUUAUUGUCUCUAUCUAGACUCUUGGAUUCAGCCCAGUAAAUAUUGCUUGUAUAGCAUCCAUAAUUAAAUGCGAAUAUUUCAUAGUGACAUUUCCUGCAGUCAUAGAGUCUGGCUCUGAGGCUAAGCUGUGUGUUGAUCUUAUGAAGCCUAAUGAGACUCUGCAAAUGGACAUCUAUCUGAUUCACAAGGACCAGAACAAAAGUAUUUUACAGGAGACAGUGGUAAAGGAGAUUCACCGCUGCUCCCAGUUUAAGGCUCCACAUGUUAAGGGAGAAUCAGUACAGGAGAUCAAGGUAGAGGUCAAAGGUAAAAGCUUUAAGAUAACAGAGAAAGCAAAAGUGAUGUUUAAAUCCUACAACCCAUUAGUAUUUAUUCAGACUGAUAAACCCAUCUACAAUCCAGGCCAAACAGUAAAUUUCAGGAUCGUCACCAUGGAUUCCAAUUUUAUUCCCCUUAAACAAAAAUACAGCACAGUAAUAAUCGAGGAUAAUAAUAAUAACAGGAUUGGUCAGUGGACGAAUGUGACCCCAACAGGUCUGAUACUGCAGCUUUCUCAUGAACUAAAUGUUGAGGCUCCACAGGGAGAAUAUCAGAUCAUUGCUAACAUUGGAACUGAAUUAUUCACACACUCUUUCACGGUGAAAAAGUAUGUCUUACCCAAGUUUGAGAUUACAGUAAAAGCACCAGAAAAACACAGUGUUGGUGAGGAGGAACUGAAGCUGGAGAUUUGUGGAACGUACACUUAUGGACAGCCAGUACCUGGUGCAGCACUGGUGCAAGUGUGUCGUAAAUUUCGGCCGGAUUAUAUUCACCAUCAGAACGCUCCAAUGGUGUCACCAUGCCUGGUUGAAACAGUGGAGAUGGGAAAGACUGGUUGUGUCUUACAUAUAUUGAAUGUGUCAACUUUCAUGAAUUCUGAAUUAAAAACAAUUUUUGAGGACAACCUUAAUGCUACUGUUACACUGACAGAGGAAGGAACAGAAGUUUCCAUGGUGAAAUCUAUAAUCAUAGCUCUCACAUUCCAAAUUGGUGAAGUCGAGCUUAUGGAUUUACCAAAAUACUUUGAAUAUGGCACCUUUAUAGAAGGAAGUAUUAAAGUUACUACCUUCAGUGGAACACCAAUUCCUAACAAGAAGGUGUAUCUUUCAGAAGGUAAACGGUGGUCUCAAACGCUACUACUCAAUCUUACUACAGACAAUAAUGGCUUGGCAAACUUCUCAGUCCCUUCACCUGAACAUCCUAAAACAGAAAUAACAUUGAGGGCAAGUGUCAAUCUGGAGGAAAAAUACCACCAAUACAAAACACCAUUCUUUUCAACUGCAGAAAAACGUAUACAGCUGCUCCAACCUGCUAAACCUUACAGUCCGGUGUUCAGUAAACUGUCAAUAGAGAGCUCAGAGGAACUGUUUAAAUGUGGUGCUGAAAUUCCCAUAACCAUUAACUACUAUAUUGUUGGCGAAACUACUGAAAGUUUCAGUAUUGAUAUUAUGUAUAUGGUCUUAUCUAAAGGAGCCAUAGUCCACCAUGGUUUUGAGAAAGUCGAAGUGAAAGACUCUACAGCUUUGAGAAACGGGAAAAUCUCAUUCAAAUUGUCAGUUGUUGCUGAGCUGGCUCCUGUAGUGCAGGUUCUGGCAUAUUCUGCCCUGCCCAGUGAAAAUCUUGUUGUUGCAAGGAAGAAUUUUGAUGUGGAAAAAUGUUUUAAAAAUCAGGUUUCGCUACAGUUCUCUCCCUCUAAGGCAGUUCCUGGAGAGAAGAACACUCUCGAGCUCUCAGCUCAUCCUGGUUCAUUGUGUGGCCUCAGUGUUGUAGACCAGAGUGUGUUCAUCUUGGAUUCUGAGAACCGUCUAAACACAAAUAAGAUAUUUAAAUUGUUGCCUGUGACAUCUAUGUCAGAUUAUCCCUUCGUGGUUGAAGACUGGCAUCUUAUAUCUCAACAUAGAUCACGCUAUUCGAUUGCUGUUAGGCCUCGAAGGCCACAGGGUGCAGAGGUUGACUGUGUUUACAGUACAAUAAAGGGAGUGGGGAUGAAGAUGAUAACAAAUUUGGCUGGGAGAAAAACUCACUGUUCGAAACACAAACUACUGAAAGAUUAUCUCGCUCACUCUAUUCACAGGAUCGGGGUCCUCAUUAAUGUUGGUUCUAAGCUUAAAGAGGUGUCAGUAGAUUAUGAACCCAGUGAGACAGUCCGCAAAUUCUUCCCAGAAACAUGGAUUUGGCAACUGUCUGAAGUGGGGGACUCUGGAUCAGUACAGCUUCCUGUCACUGUUCCUGACACCAUCACCACUUGGGAGACAGAGGCAUUCUGCGUAUCCUCUAAGGGUCUGGGUCUGGCUCCUCCUGUUCAGCUCACUGUGUUUCAGCCCUUCUUCCUGGAGCUCUCGUUGCCCUACUCCAUUAUCCGGGGAGAGGUUUUUGAGCUGAAGGCCACUGUCUUCAAUUAUCUUUCCAAAUGCAUUAUGGUUAAAGUGACCCCAGCCCCUUCCUCAGAUUACACUCUGGAACCAUCUUCUGAGGGCGAAUAUUCAUCCUGCCUGUGUGCAAAUGGAAGAAAGACCUUCAAGUGGACUUUAAUUCCAUCUGUCCUUGGAGUCGUGAAUGUGACCGUGAGUGCUGAGGCAGAACAAUCCCAGACUGUGUGUGAUAAUGAGAUUGUAAGUGUUCCAGAGAGAGGCCGUAUUGACACGGUUACACGAAGCCUCAUAGUACAGGCUGAAGGAACUGAAAAGAUGAAGAGCCUGAGCUGGUUAUUUUGUCCUGAUGGCACCAGUGUUUCAGAAGAGCUGGAGCUGAUUCUUCCUGAGGAUGUAAUAGAGGGAUCAAUGCGAGCUUCUGUUUCAGUUCUUGGAGACAUACUUGGCCAUGCAUUACAAAAUCUGGAUGGACUGCUAAAGAUGCCAUAUGGCUGUGGAGAACAAAACAUCGCUAUCCUUGCCCCCAAUAUCUACAUUCUUCAGUAUCUAGAGAACACCGAGCAGCUCACCUCAGAUAUCCGUGAGAGGGCUACUGGUUUUCUAAAGAGUGGAUACCAGAGGCAGCUAAACUAUAAACAUUUUAGUGGUGGAUAUAGCACAUUUGGUAGGGGAGAGGAGAACACAUGGUUAACUGUUUUUGUCUUGAGGACUUUUGGCAAAGCACAACGUUACAUCUUUAUUGAUCCAGAAAACAUUAAAAGUACAAAGGAAUGGCUCAUAGGUAUGCAGAGGUCAAAUGGCUGUUUUAUACAACAGGGAAAUCUGUUUAAUAAUAGAAUGAAGGGUGGUGUGAAUGAUGAAGUGACCAUUACUGCUUACAUCACUGCAUCAUUGCUUGAUUUAGGCAUUACAGUGCAGGAUCCCGUUGUGAAUAAAGGGCUGUUGUGCCUAAAAUCUUCUAUUUCUAAUCUGAAGAACACCUACACCACUGCACUGUUGGCCUACACUUUCAGUUUGGCUGUAGACAAAGAAAUUCGAGAGCGACUGCUAAAAGAGCUGGAUAAUGUCUCCAUUCGAGAAGAUGGUCAUCUCCACUGGUCUCAGUCAGAAUUCGAUGACUCUGACAAUGAUGACAAUGAAGGCUCAUUGUCAGUGGAAAUCAGCUCAUACGUGCUGCUAGCUGUUCUCACUUCAGAUCAACUCACUGCUGCUGAUUUGGGCUAUGCUAAUAGGAUAGUCAGCUGGCUGGUGAAGCAGCAAAAUCCCUAUGGAGGUUUUUCAUCCACCCAGGACACAGUGGUGGCUCUCCAUGCUCUGGCUCUGUAUUCCACUAAAGUGUUCAGCUCAGAAGGCUCUAGCACAGUAACUGUAAAGUCAGCAGAUGGAGACAGUCACAAAUUUGAUGUGAACCAGAACAACAAGUUACUGUACCAAGAAAGAUUAUUGCAGGAUGUUCCUGGCAAAUUCAGCAUUGAUGUGAAGGGCUCCACCUGCGUGUCAGUGCAGGCAGCACUUUUCUACAAUGUUCCAACACCUUCUGAAAUCAGUACACUGAGCAUCAUGGCUACAACUGAGGGAAACUGCAAAAAAUCAUUUGGAGAAACUCUCUUCCUCAAGUUCACCGUCACAUAUUCUGGGACACUUACCAGCACUAACAUGAUCAUAGUGGACAUAAAACUCUUAUCAGGGUUCACAGCAGAUCCUGGUGAACUGAAAAAAGGCAUUUUGGUGGAACGAGUUGAUUCCAAAGAUGACCAUAUUAUCAUGUAUAUCAAAGAGCUCCAGAGGAAUAUUCCUAUCAACUAUAAGCUACACAUUAAGCAGGCGCUUCCUGUCAAGAAUCUAAAGCCAGCGGUGAUAAAAGUUUAUGACUACUACCAAACAAGUGUCCAGGCUGAGACGGAGUACACCUAUCCCUGUGUGUAGGGUUUCACAUUUGUAUUUGAAGCUGCAGAAAACCCUGCUGUAUACUGUCUUUUUGUUUGCUUAAUAAUUCAAAUUUUAUAUUGGUGAUUAAAAAAAUGAAUAUCUUAUGUUAUCUACAUAAGGCACAGGUAUAACUGUAACAUUCUCUUAAAUGUACUGGUUGUUAAGACUUUAAUACUGCUAUAGUUUUUAUGAAACUGGUUCCAGUAAAUCAAAGGCCUUCACUGAAUACGUGACUCAUGAAUAUCUAUGGAAGUAUAAUAGUGCCAAAAUUCCUGAAAGCAAAAU